GCUGACGACACGCCGCCUCUACUGCCGUUUUUUUGACUUUAAAACCUAUACCGGAGUAAAUUCAGUCAUGUUACACCGAUGCCUGUAACGAGAGUCUUAUAUAGGCCAGCAGAGGAUCAGAAAUGUGUAGUUCGUGUGUGUCCGUUAGCUGAAGGAUGAUGAUGGUGGUGAUGUUUGCUGCUGGUGCUUUUAGCUUGUGUGCUAAUGUUAGCGCUCCUCAUUCAGUGUUUCUCUAUGUGUGAAUUGCUAACAUAACAGCACGCAGCAUUGGAUUCAUUUCGAUCUCUUUUACCGCAGGAUAAUCAUUGCUAAGUCUGAACUUGUGAGCAUCUGGGGAUUAUUCUGACCCAUCUCAGAGUGGGAGAGGAUAAAGAUGAGUGUCUGUGAGGAGCAGGAAGAGGGCUGUGAGGCUGGGUAUUAUCAGUUCUAACCUUCAGUUUGACCUCUGCUGGGACUCUCUGAGUGGCUGACAGCUGUCUGUAGUGAACAUGUCUGUGCACGAGGACUUGGAUCACCCUCGCUUUUUUGUUGGAGCUGAUGACGGCGAGGGAGAUGAACUACUGGAUCCAGGCAGAGUCCUCGGCUAUGAUUGUCUGUAUGAGAACGUGGAAGAAGAGGAUGAAGAGAGAGAUGAUGCAGAAUAUGAUUCGCCCCCAGAAAGACAGAUUGUGGUGGGUAUCUGUGCCAUGUCGAAGAAGUCAAAGUCCAAACCUAUGAAGGAGAUUCUGGAGAGACUGUGUCUGUUCAAAUACAUCACUGUGGUUACGUUUGAAGAGGAAGUCAUUCUGAAUGAGCCGGUGGAAAACUGGCCGCUCUGUGAUUGUCUCAUUUCUUUCCAUUCCAAAGGGUUCCCACUUGAUAAGGCUGUGGCUUAUGAGAAGCUGAGGAAUCCAUUCGUCAUCAAUGAUCUGGAUCUUCAAUACUGCAUUCAGGACAGGAGGGAGGUGUAUCGGAUCCUGAAGGAUGAGGGAAUACAACUCCCCCGAUUUGCGGUUCUGAACAGAGAUCCUGCCCGACCAGAAGAAUGUAACCUGGUGGAAGGAGAGGACCAUGUGGAAGUGAAUGGGGAGAUUUUCCAGAAGCCAUUUGUUGAGAAGCCAGUGAGUGCCGAAGACCACAAUGUCUACAUCUACUACCCAACAUCUGCAGGAGGAGGCAGUCAGCGGCUCUUCCGCAAGAUUGGCAGCAGAAGUAGUGUCUAUUCUCCUGAGAGUAAUGUCAGAAAGACUGGAUCCUACAUUUAUGAGGAGUUCAUGCCUACUGAUGGAACGGAUGUGAAGGUGUAUACUGUAGGUCCUGACUACGCACAUGCAGAGGCCCGUAAAUCCCCUGCAUUGGAUGGGAAGGUGGAACGAGACAGCGAGGGGAAAGAAGUUCGUUAUCCGGUCAUCCUCAAUGCCAGAGAGAAGCUCAUCGCAUGGAAAGUCUGCUUGGCUUUUAAGCAAACCGUGUGUGGAUUCGACCUGCUUCGUGCCAAUGGCCAGUCGUACGUGUGUGACGUAAAUGGCUUCAGCUUUGUCAAGAACUCUAUGAAGUACUAUGAUGACUGUGCAAAAAUUCUGGGGAAUAUCAUCAUGAGAGAAUUGGCUCCACAAUUCCAGAUCCCGUGGUCUAUUCCUUUAGAAGCAGAGGACAUUCCUAUAGUUCCCACAACCUCUGGAACCAUGAUGGAGUUGAGAUGUGUUAUUGCUGUGAUCCGACAUGGUGACAGAACGCCCAAACAGAAGAUGAAAAUGGAGGUUCGACAUCAGAGAUUUUUUGACCUCUUUGAAAAGUGUGAAGGUUACAAAAGUGGAAAGCUGAAAUUAAAGAAACCAAAGCAACUUCAGGAAGUGUUGGACAUCGCCAGGCAACUGUUGGUAGAACUUGGCCAAAAUAAUGACUCUGAAAUUGAGGAGAGUAAAGCUAAGCUUGAACAGCUUAAAACAGUCCUUGAAAUGUACGGCCAUUUCUCUGGGAUUAAUCGCAAGGUUCAGUUAACAUAUCUGCCACAUGGUUGUCCUAAAACAUCUAGUGAAGAGGAAGAUGUGAGGAGGGAUGACCCGUCACUGCUGCUGGUGUUGAAAUGGGGUGGAGAGUUGACUCCAGCAGGCAGAGUCCAGGCUGAAGAACUGGGUCGGGCCUUUCGGUGCAUGUAUCCUGGAGGACAAGGCGAUUAUGCUGGCUUUCCUGGCUGUGGCCUUCUCCGUCUGCACAGCACAUAUCGGCAUGACCUAAAGAUAUAUGCCUCUGAUGAAGGACGUGUUCAGAUGACUGCUGCGGCAUUUGCUAAAGGCCUGCUGGCAUUAGAGGGUGAGCUGACGCCUAUCUUGGUGCAAAUGGUCAAAAGUGCCAAUAUGAAUGGCCUGCUGGACAGUGACAGCGACUCCUUAAGCAGCUGCCAGCAGAAAGUCAAAGCACGACUUCAUGAGAUUCUGCAGAAGGACAGAGACUUUGCACCAGAAGAUUAUGAGAAGCUGGCGCCCACCUCCAGCACUUCUCUGGUGAAGUCCAUGCAGAUGAUUAAAAACCCAGUGAAGACCUGUGAUAAAGUGUACUCCCUCAUUCAGAACCUAACGCUGCAGAUUCGUCAGAGAAUGGAAGAGCCCAAAUCAGCAGACAUCCAGUUGUACCACAGUGAGACUCUUGAGCUGAUGCUGCGUCGAUGGUCUAAACUGGAGAAGGAUUUCAAGAUGAAGAACGGCCGGUACAAUAUCAGCAAGAUUCCUGAUAUUUAUGACUGCAUCAAAUAUGACGUUCAGCACAACAGCUCGUUAAAACUUGACAACACCAUGGAAAUUUACAGAUUAUCCAAAGCACUGGCUGACAUUGUCAUCCCACAGGAAUACGGCAUUUCUCAAGCUGAAAAACUGGACAUAGCCAAAGGUUACUGUACACCUCUUAUUCGCAAGAUCCGCUCUGAUCUACAGAGGACACAAGAUGACGACACCGUUAAUAAACUACACCCAGUAUAUUCCAGAGGAGUCAUGUCUCCAGAACGCCAUGUGCGGACCAGACUGUACUUCACCAGUGAGAGCCACGUACACUCACUGCUCUCUAUACUGCGCUAUGGAGCCCUCUGUGAUGAGGCGAAAGAUGAUCAGUGGAAGAGAGCCAUGGACUACCUGAAAAUAGUCAGUGAGCUGAACUACAUGACACAGAUAGUAAUCAUGCUGUAUGAAGACCCAAACAAGGAUCCUUCGUCAGAGGACCGUUUCCAUGUGGAGCUUCAUUUCAGUCCAGGAGCUAAAGGCUGUGAAGAAGACAAAAACCUGCCAUCUGGAUUUGGAUAUAGACCAGCAUCCAGAGAGAAUGAAGGCCCCAAGAAGAAAUCCCAUAAUGACAGCGAUGAGGAGGCAAGCGGUGCAAAACGUGACGAGCCAGAUCGAGCCCUUAUGAUGUUCCGGCCCAUGGUGUCAGAUCCCAUCUACAUCCACCGGAAAUCCCCUCUUCCCCGCUCCAAAAAGAUUGGCUCUGUGGAAGAAGAAAGCCCCCUGAGUGUGUCUAGCCCUGACUCUAUAGGUACCUGGAUUCAUUACACCUGUGGUGUUGGUACUGGGCGUCGAAGACGCAGAUCAGGGGACCAAAUAACUUCCUCCCCAGUCUCCCCCAAAUCACUGGCUUUCACAUCCAGUAUUUUUGGCUCAUGGCAACAGGUUUUGUCAGAGAACAACAGCCACGCCAGACCCAGCCGACUACAUGCGGAUCACAAGCUCACCACUGGAUUAGGGUCUCAUUGUGCUGGCUUGUUUAGCACCAUGGUGCUGGGCGGCUCCUCCAGUGCACCUAACCUACAAGAUUACGCUCACGCACACCGUAAAAAGCUGACCUCCUCUGGCUUCUUAGAUGAGGCCACGCGUGGUUCUGCUGUUAAAAGAUUUUCUAUCUCAUUUGCGCGACACCCAACCAAUGUGUUUUCCGGUUUGUUCAGUGGUAAGUGCUAAUCAUUCUAUCCUGUCUAAUUAGUGUUUAUUGUUUUAUUUUGGCUCUGCUUCCCAAGCUUUUGUAGCUAGUUCAGAUCUAGUCCUUAUACUAUAUUUUCAACCCUGUAGUUUCCACUUGGAUCUGUCCUAUAAUGAUGAAACCAUGCAUUAGUCGAAUAUAGAUCAUAUAGUAUCACCUACUCUAUGCAUCUUAUGGUUUGCUUUUAAUCAUUAUAUUUACAAAAGGAAAAAUCAUUGUAGUUUUGGUUUGUUAUUUACAUUUUUUUCAAGUUGUUCUCACAUUUAGUCCUAUUUUAGGUUUAUCUUAAAACUUAAUCUGAAAAUUGCCUAAAACUUUUUCCUCUCUGUUAUUCUGUGAUUGACUCCUUCACUCAUUCUCUCGUCCUACAGUGCGUCCUUUGUUAUUGUUUAAUUGCACAUUAUCUUUUAUGUAGUGUGUAAAAUAACCGUUUGUGUAUGUGAAAGAUCUGCACCAUUUCAAAAUUGUAUAAUAAUUGGGUUAUUGCCCCCCAAAAGAAAGUACUGAUUCUGAACUGCAGGAAGUCUUCAGUAGUUCCAGCUUUACUUCCAGCAUGAAUCUGUUUAGGUUUGGAACAGAUUUGUGUAAUUCCAUCAUCUGACGCUCUGUAAACUCUGUCAUGAGCAGGCAAAUUGCGCAACACGUUUAACUCGCGCCGCUUUGUUCGUCCAAAUUGCGUCAUUAACGCUGCCCAUACCUGUCAACAUUGGGAUGUGAAAAUAAAGGAUAUUCCCACUAUAAUAAGGGAUUUCUCCUAUCCCCCUUUAAAAAAUCCCCUAAUUACUAAAUAUGUUCUUCUGGAGCUGUUUCAUUAGAAAUAAACAGUUAAAUAGUCAAUACUAUGUUUUAUUAUUAUCAUUUAGAAAGGAAAAUAUAAAUAGUAUACAUUAGCAGCAAAUACAUUAGCAAACAUUCAGCUUAUUAAAAUUAAUAGCUAUUAUAAUGAAAUAGAAUCAAGCUAUCAAACCUUAUUAGCCGUUUCUUCACUGUAUAACUUACACAUUCUGAUUAAAGAGCAACAAAAUGAAUCUCUUAUUUAUUUAGAUUUUUUUCAUUUGAUUAACAGAGGUGUCACUUUAAUAAUGCACACAUCUAACGUUAUAAUGAAACGAUUCGAUUGCUUUCCUAACUUUUUAUGCUCAUUUAGGACGAAAUUAGUUGUUUGAAAAAAAAAAAAAACACCAGGAUCGACAUCUUUAGAUUAAUUAUGUGUAUAUGUCUGUUCAAACAUGCACCCAAAACCCAGACUUUCAGUCCGCUUCAAAUCGUGUGUACAGAAUCCGUGUGGGAAACAGCAUCUAUUUAUCACUAUGGAGCGUCAUCUGACAGUCAUGCACUGCUACAUGACUGUUUUGAGGAUUGCAUAUGAAGGGGAGACGGCACCUGUAAUGAAAAGGAAGGGAAUCCUGCAGUUUUUAUAUUUAUUUCAAAGUGUUUUCAUGCCGAAACAAAGUGAAAGCACAGAAAAGACUCCCAUUUAAGAGCAAGGGGUGGCCCCUGGUGGUUCGGCGGUAUGGGUUGCGUAUAGGGAGGAUUGGCUCUUUAAUGUUUAUUUGCCACCCUUCAGAAAAAGACUGAAAAUACGGAAGAAAUAUGGGAAAAUACCUUUACGGGAUGAUAGCGGGAUAGAACUGUAAAAUACGAGAGAAUCACGGGAAAUACGGGCGGGUUGACAGGUAUGGCUGCCUCAUUCACGCAUAUUGCACUGCAGAAUGUCUAUUCACAUUUUUGGAUUGACUUAACAUGUAAAUCACUCGUGCUUGAAGCUUCUUCUGCAGCUGGUGUGAACGCAGCAUUAGGAGAUAACCCCAGACUUCCCUCUCCCCAGAUACCUCCAGCUCCUCCAGGGGGAUCCCGAGGUGUUCUCAGGCCAGCCAAGAGACAUAGUCUCUCCAGUGUGUCCUGGGUCUUCCCCAAGGCCCCCGGGUUUUCCCAGUGGGACAUGCCUGGAACAUCUCCCUAGGUAGGCGUCCGGGUGCCCAACGAUUGGGUUGUUGUGGUCCUAAUCUUCGACCACACCUGUUGAACAAUGCACCGGCCCCUUUCGGCUCCCCCUGCGAGUGGUGGGCCUGCAGGAGGAUGGUCCCACAUCGCUCCUUUGACCUGAGCCUGGCCGGGUUCCGUUUGAUAAAACCCAGCCUCUAGGCGCAAGCACCAACCCCAGGCCUGGCUCCAGGGUGGGGCACGGCUGCGCCAUACUGGGCGACGUCACGGUCCUUGAUUUUGUUUUGCUCAUAAGGGGUUUUUGAACCGCACUUUGUCUGAUCUGUCAUCUAAGACCUUUUCGCCUUGAUGAGACCCUACCAGGGGCAUUAGCCCCCGACAACAUGGCUCAUUCACACGGGGUGUCAGCGUCAACACUUUGAAUGGGUGAUGUCAGACAUUGCCGAACUGCAUUGUGGAUCCAUCAGCACUGUUUCAGUGGCAUUGCUCACAGCAGAAGAUGGGAAAUUCUCAACUAUUCUUAAGCGCCAACGGAAGAGUCAGCCAAUCAGAUCGCUUCAUGCUAAAUACCCCAGCACAGAUAGUAGCCGAUUGCAGACUAAUUUCAUUGGCUGACGCUGCUAUGACAAUUACGUCAGCCCCAAAUUUAGACAUGCCCUCGGUCAAUUGUUGACGCUGAAGCCACGUGUGAAUCGGGCAUUAGAAUCAUUCAGGCACUUAAACCCCUCCACCACUAUAAUGUGGUGGUUCAUGGAGGAAGAAGUUGAAGAGAAGUGCAGAAAAUCUGAAUUAUUUGUUUUCAUGAAAUCGCCCAGCCAAUUAUUUCACACUCAUAAUGUCAUCAAAAUGCACUUUUGUUUGUUGUGAAUACAUGCCCUUUAGAGGCAAAAAUUGCAUGCUGUCCCUUUAAAGUUUCACAGUUUAAACUCAAAGACAAAGCGAACACACAGAAAGCCAUUUUUUGUUGGCAAGUCAUGUGAGCAUUAAAUUAAGUUCUCAUAUGUCAACUGGUACGUAAACACAACAUUAUGCACAAAAUGCACAAGUUAAUAUAAACAGUUAGGGGAGAAAUAUGUAUAAAUUAAUGUAUUAGAUGCGUGAAACGGCUUAAUCUUAGAGACACAGUUAAACCCGUCAUGACUGGACAGCAACAAUUUUUAUUGAAAUUCAGGGUAUUGCGGCUUGUACAUGCAAAGAAGAGAACAGUGAAGGAGUUUGAGGAAGUUCAGAAACUGUGCUUAAUAAAAUAGACAAUAACUCUCUUUGGAAUGACUUUACACUCUUUAACUUAGCAGAUCUUUUUCGUGUUCAAACAUUACACACUAAGGGAUUUGAAAAUGUAAAAUGAACCCUUUUUUUACGUUAUGAUCUUUUAAGUCCCAUUUGAAGACAUAGUAAAAUGCAAUAAAAUUCACGCUUACUGUAUGUCCGACCAUUGCAUAUGAAUGUACUAAACUUAGUACAGGCUAGUUAACUGCAUUUACCUGACUUUUUUAUGUUAAUGAAUAUAAUCGUAUAUUUAUUUAAUGACUCUUGAUGUGUUUUAUAUUGUAUAAAUGUUUGCUGUUGUCUAAAAGCAGUAAACUAUGAAAGAAUGUGUCUUACAGUGGUUUAAUCACUGUAGUUCAUGGAUGAACUCUCAUUGCUUAUUGCUUUUACUAAUGGACACAUGAAGGUUUUAACCAGGCAUCCUGUGCCAAACUGCAUGUGAAUAAAUCAAAUCAUGAUCAUGUUUUUCCACUGGUUUCAUCUGAGAAAUAAAACUGUUAUAUGUUCAAGGUAGGUCGAUUAUCAUUUUCGCUUCAUGAAACCAUCUUGGCCAAGUGACGUUUUUGGUAGAUUGAAGGUAUUGUGAGCUGUUCUUUGUGUGACUCAUCUGCCUCCAUCUUGCCCACCUCAAACUCACGUUUGACGGUGUUGUUGCUUGUCAUUUUUAAAGGAAAUGGAACGUCAUAUUUCUGCCAUGUGUCCAAGACCUCAAGUUAUAGGUCAUGAUGUAUGACUGAAGAUGUUUGUUCACCAUUUUCCAGAUUCUAAUACUGUACAUCUCGUUGAAGGUUUUGAGUUGUACUCCAUGGUUCCUUCAAUCUGCCCCUUGGAGACCCUUCAUAAUUCCCUGUCUCUCAAACAAGUGGAUGACUUCCUCUCCG